ACAUGCCAACAUCUAAAUUUAUCUGAACGAACGAGCGAACGAGCAUCGACAACAAGGAUGAAACCAAAGGCUUGACCCCUCGAUUCGCGAAUUUUGCGAUACUCGAGGAAAACAAAUGAAGUACAAGUGAUCCUAACCUACCUCAAAUCAGGAAUAAGGUUAACGAAGCCGCACAAAGAUGCCUCAAAUCAAAAAGGGGGACAAACUACCUAAUGCGACCUUGUACGAAGCUCUACCGGAAAAUCAGACCAACAUUUUAGAGCUGGUGAAGAACAAGAAGGCCGUCAUCUUUGGUGUACCUGGUGCUUACGUUCCUGGAUGCUCCAGGGUUCAUCUCAGAGGAUUUAUAGAAAAGUACGAGCACCACGCUUUAACUUAAGGGUCCUACUUUACAUUCUGUUUAAUCGAUUAGGUCGGCAGACUUGAGGUUUCUGGGUUUUCAGGAAGUAAUCUGUGUGGCUGUAAACGAUCCAUUUGUGCUUUCUGCUUGGGGACAUGCCAGAGGAGCCGACGACAAGGUAACAGUGCCAACAAUGAGAGUAACAAUCUCAUUAAAAUUUAUCUACAAUCCAGUAACUAGUGUUUUUUCAUAAAACAAUAAAUAUGUUAACAACUCAAUAGUUAAAUGUUGACAUUUGUAAAGAGCCCAGAAACAGUUUGAUAAUUUUAAUGUAUAUCCCAUUAAUUUAUGAAUGUGGAAACUGUGAGACUAGGGUCUGCAGUCUGAACUGGUUUCACCAGGCAAUUUAACUAGCAUGCUGAUCUUUUCUAAUUUUAACACUAACCCAAUUGUCGGUUACGCUAGAAAGGAUAUCAGUAAUUACUCCAUCAGUGAAAGACAAGCAACUUCUCUCUUUAUAUCUUAACAAUAAGGUCAAUUCCUUUCUAAAUGAAAUUAUUCGAGCAAUAAACCGAAUUAAAUUCAGGUGCGGAUGCUUGCAGAUCCUAUGGCAACAUACACCAAGGCCAUCGGAAUGGAUAUUGAUAUUCCAGACUUAGGAGGAACCAGAAGUCGCAGGUACUCCAUGGCUACGAUUGACGGUGUCGUAAAGGAAUUGUUCGUGGAUUCGCCUAACGUGAAGCUCAUGUGUUUACAAACAGAGGGGGUUCCC